AUGAAUUCCUAUAAACAAUUAUUUAAUUCCGAAGAAAAUAAUUUAUUGAUGGAAGAUGAUUAUUAUAAUGCCAUGUCAAUAUUAAGAAAAUCAACUUCCAAAGAAGCAUUAAAUUUAUUAUAUCGGAUGAUCGAUGAUAUGCAUACGUUAGGAAUACCCCCGGGUAGAAGAGCAUAUCAUUCACUCAUUUAUGCUAACGGAGUACACGGUAAACCAUUAGAAGCUUGGGGAAUUUUAGAUUUGAUGAAAAAAGAUCAAGUUGAAUUAACCACUUUCACUUAUAACACAUUGAUCGGAACCUUUAAACGAAUGUCGGAUUCCGAAGGUGCAUUAAGAGCAUUUGAAGAAAUGCAACAAAAUGGGUUAUCCCCGGAUUCUUCAACUUAUAAUACCUUAAUUGAUUUAUAUGGUAAAAGGGGGGAUCUGGAAAUUGCCAUCAAAUUUUAUCAAGAAAUGAUUGAAUUAAAUAAGGUGGAACCGGAUGAAAUAACUUUUGAUGUAUUAAUAAAUCUUUAUAUUAAUUCGGGAAAAUACGAGAGUAUACAAAAAAUUGAGGAACUUCGUGAAGAUAUUUCAAAACGUGAUAUCACCUUAGAUACUACGACUUAUAAUUCAUUAAUAAAGAUGUACUCAAAAUCAAAUGCUACAUCAAAAGUAUUUGAAAUUUAUGAAGAAUUAAUUAAAAAAGAAAUUUCACCUGAUAAAUCCACUUAUCACAUAUUAUUAGAAUUAUUUAUUAAGAAAUCCGAGGUUGAUAAAUUUAUGGAAAUUUAUCGAUUAAUGAAAUCGAAAGGAAUUUAUUUAAAUUUUAAAAUGUAUGAUAUGUGUUUACCCCAACAAAAUCAAGAAUUGCAGCAACAAAUAAAUCGAGAAUCAAAACAACAAAAUGAAGGAUUACAACAACAAAAUCAAGCAUUGCAGCAGAAUGAAGAAGGAUUAUCAGAAUUGCAGAAGAAUGAAAGAUUACAAGAAUUACAAGAAUUACAAGAGUUAAACCAGCAGCAAUAUCAAGAAUUGCAACAAAAAAAUGAAGAAUUACAAUUAAAUCAAGAAUUACAACAACAAAAUGAAGGAUUACAACAAUUACAACAACAAAAUGAAGAAUUGCAACAACAAAAUCAAGAGUUAAAAUUACUACAACAACAACAAAAAGAACUAAUCAAGAAUAAUAAGAAUAAGGAUAACAAGGAUAAUGAUAAUAACAGUAAUUAUAGAAAUCAAUAUAGAAAUCUAAAAUACUUUUUCUUUGGAUUAAGAAAAGAACAAAAUUUAGUUAAAGAAUUUUUACAAGAAAUGAUUAAAAAAGAAAUAGAGAUUGAACCAAUUGUAUCAGAUGCACUUAUUGGGAUUUGUGUAGAUAAUUAUAAUGUGAAUGGAGCCAUAGAAAUUUAUGAUAUGAUAGUUAAACAAGGGAAAACCAUUGGAAUUAUUCCAUUUACUAAUUUAACAAAAUUGAUGAUCUUAUCAAGAAGGGAGAAUGAUGCAAUUCAAUUUUAUUAUGAAGUCAAACAAACUCAAAAGAUACAAAUUGAUGUUCAAGGGUAUACCACAUUGAUUGAUGCAUUCAUUAAAAUAAAAAGAAUUUCUGAAGCUCAAAGAUUAUUUGGAGAUAUGUUAAGAGAAGGGAUUAAACCUAAUGUUAAAACUUAUACCACCUUAAUUACAGGGUUAGGACAACAAUAUGAUUAUAAAGGGGUGAAAAAUAUUCAUGGUAUAGUAAAAAUGGAUAUAAAUGUCGAAUUAGAUAUUGGAAUUUAUAAUGCAUUAAUGGAUGCAUAUAAUAGAUGUGGGCAUAUCAAACAAGUUUUAACAAUUUGGGAUUUAUUAGUUGCCAACAAUCAACCAUUUAAUAAUACCACAGUUUGUAUAGUUCUUGAUUCAUGUGGAUUUGCCAAAGAAGUUUAUAAAUUGAUCCAAAUUUGGAAAGAACUUAAGAGAAGAAAAUUUAAUUUAACAAUUAAUAAUUAUCAUUCGAUCAUUGAAGCAUUGGCACGAAAUCAAUUAUUUGAGGAUGCCAAACAUAUUUUAUUUAAUGAGUUCAUCAGUGCGGGAUUUACACCAGAAGAAAGAUCCAUAAGACCUUUAUUAAAUUUCUUACAUGAUAGAAAAGGUAAAAGUAAAGAUGAAUUUCAAGUUAUGCAAUGGAUUAUUUAUUGA